AUGGUUUUCAUCUCUGGCUCUAAUUUCCAUCUCUUUUUUCUAGUUUUCCUUUUGAAUGUGAUUUCAUUAGGAGCAGACCCAAUCACAGGCGUCUGUAGUUUUACCCAAGAUCCAACUUUUUGCACAAAGGCUUUUCAAUCGGAUCCACGUUCUAGAACUGCUGAUUUUGCUGAACUUGAAAUCAUUGCCAUCGAUUUAGGAACAAAGAGCGCAAAAAACACCAGUGCAGAGAUCCGUUCUCUCAUCUCAGGAGCUAAGGACUUUCGUUCCAAGAGUAGCUAUACCCAAUGUGGCAGUUUUUAUGAGGGAAUAAUUGACUCCUUGAGCCAAGCAAAGAAUAAUUCAAAAGCUGGAAAUCAUGUAGAUGUUAAUCUACAAGGAAAGAGUAUCAUUAAUUAUGCUGUUGAAUGCGAUGAAUUGUUAAAUGAACCACCUCCAGUUCAAUCGCCAGUUUUAUCACAAGAUAAUCUGUUUGCUCGGCGUUAUGGCGAAAUGAUAGCCGUCGUAUCUAAACGUCUUCUGCACUAA